CCGGGGAGGGCCCGGGGGUGGGGGAACGGGGCGGGAGCGGCGAUGGCGGCGGCGGGCGGGCGGCUGCUGGCGGCGGCCGCGUCCCGCUCGCUGCGGGCGGGCUGGGCCGGGCUGGCGGUGCCCUGCCGCCGAGCCACCGUCACCCGCAGCGGCGCCAUCCUGCCCAAGCCCGUCAAGACCCCGUUCGGGCUCCUGCGGGUGUUCAGCGUGGUGCUCCCCUUCCUCUACGUGGGCACGCAGAUCAGCAAGAACUUCGCGGCGCUGCUGGAGGAGCACGACAUCUUCGUGCCCGAGGACGACGACGACGAUGAUUAAAGAACCACAGUGGAAGAACAGAAGGGAGGAGGCCAGUGUGAGAGAAAUGCUUCCAACAUUUGUCACCUGCAUUUUGUCCUUCCUCAAGGGGACGGGGGUACUGCAUCCCCUUUGCCAGUCAAUGUCCUGCACGUGCCCGUGUAAGAGAAAUCUGUAAAUCAGGAAUGAAGGAGGCACUUGAUGGGUUCUGCAUCCUUGCACACACACACUCACCUCAUAAAGGACUGCUUGGGAUUCCUUUUAUUCGCAAUAUAGGAAAUAAUUAAAGAACAAGAGAUUGAGAUGCUUGA